AUGCUCAUUCAAAAGCAGGUUGCAAACGUGGUUCGACUAGUACGGCCGCCACCUGUCACACGGAAACUUUCCGACGCCGAUAGCAUACCUAUUGGUUGUACUGGUGUUACACUGUCGUCCACGGACAGCAGUUCGGAGACAUCCGACUGCACAUUGAAAGAGAAUAAAAUAUCUAACAUUGCCCAGAGCAUCGACAUCGAAAUGAGGAAAGAAGGGAUCGACAGGGAAAGGAAAAGAGACUCGAGAGAAAAACUACCCGAUUUUGCUGUUAAAUGCAACAAUUUACUUUCAUCAGUGGACCAUACCACCGUGUCACCGGGGCUUGGUUUUGAAGAUAGAAGUAUCUCCACUGGAGACGAGCGGUCUUUGGUCUCCUUUGACAGGCGCUUGAACGCCGGCGCACCUGAGACAUUCUCGGAUCUCACCGGGGACAUCGCUGACGGUCUGCACAAAGAUCUUUUGCGAGAGAUCGACGACUUACGGUCAGAAAAUGAAUAUUUAAAGGAUGAGGCAGAGGAGCUGCGCUCCGAGAUGCUGGAGAUGAGGGACAUGUACAUGGAGGAAGACAUGUACCAGCUGCAGGAGCUCAGACAACAGCUGGACCAGGUCAACAAGACCUGCCGCAUCUUGCAGUACCGGCUCCGCAAGGCCGAGAGGCGGAGCCUGCGCGUGGCCCAGACCGGCCAGGUGGACGGGGAGCUCAUCCGUACUCUGGAGCAUGAUAUUCAGGUUGCGAAAAGUGUGUCCCUUCGCCUACAUGGUGAGCUGGAAGUAAUGCAGAAGAAGAGCACUCAGCUGGAGGGGGAGAACGAGUGUCUACGUGAGCGUCUCCAGGACCUGGAGGUGGCCAAGCAGGUCCUGCAGACAGAGCUGGACAAAUCCAGAGAGAAUCUUCUUAGGAGAAGAAGUUUGAGAUCAACCGGCAGCAAGAGUGAAAAGAAACUCUCUCCACUGGAUGAUGGUGCUGAUCUGAAAUGCCAGCUCCAUUUUGCUAAAGAAGAGUCGGCCCUCAUGUGCAAGAAGCUGACUAAGACAGCAAUGGAGUGUGAGAGCAUGCGGGAGGAGCUGGCCAGGUACAGACUGCUUUAUGGUGAUGUGGACGCAUCCCAGGCUGCAGCAGGCUCUACUAACUCUGCCCACACCCGUGAAGCAGAGGUCAAAGUUCACCUGCGACUAGUAGAAGAAGAGGCCACGCUGCUGAGCCGCCGAAUUGUGGAGCUGGAAGUGGAGAACCGGGGUCUGCGAGCAGAGAUGAGCGAACUGAGGGAGAGAGCUGGCGGAAGCCAAGAGGACGAAGAUGAGCUGAUGGGGGCGGCAGGGCAGUGUUUGGCUGUCUCUGUCUGCAUGGAGAAAGGAGAGGAGGUUGGAGGAGGAAACCGUGAACAUCGUGACUUUGAAAAGAGAAAUGGAGGUCACAAAAACUCGGAGGGUGAAGGAUCGGAGGGUUGUCCGCUAGGCCAGAUACAUAGAGAGGAGCCGAUAGAAGGGAAGAGGGAAACGCUUGAAAGUCGGGUGAGGUCUGCUGAGAUUCCAGAGUGUGGAAGUAAGGUCCCAUAUGUGGAGAAGUGCAAUCUCAGUCUAAAGGACCAAGAAACCCUCGUUGCAAUCCGUGACCAGGCUACUCUUGUUAGAUCGACAGUUGAGUUCCUAACAGCCCCAGCAAAAAAUGGCCUCUCACCAUCCUCUACUUAUAGCUCACCUUACCUCAGCAAGGUUGAUAACCAGUGUGAGUUCCUGACCUCUGGACUGGAGGGGCUCCAAGAGCAGUUACAUGCCCUUGUUGUAAAUAUGGAGUCUCUGGUGAAGUCAACACUCACUGACCAUGACUCAAAUAGCAUGAGUUCAGGUAAAGUUGAAGAUGCAAAUAUGGAUCCUGUGCUGCAGACUGACAAACACGCAGCACAGCAAACUCCCACUGAGGAAGAGGUCCGUGUUUUAAACUGCACCUGGGAACAAAACUGCAACCAGGACAGCCUUGUGCUGAUAACAGUGCAGCUGCGCUGCUUUCUCCAGCAGUGGCGUGAGGGGAAGAGACCUGCAGAAUGCAAGAGCCUGUUUGAGAUGGACUUCCAGAAGGAUCUUUAUUGUCAAAUGGAAGCAGAAUUACACAGAUCCAAGAAAAUCUGCAAAACUCAUGAAAAAUGCCACAGACAGGUUUGCAGGGUUCUCCUCUCAGAUCUGAGGGCAGUGCUGCACGACCUGGGCUGUGAGCUGCAGGAGGAGUACCUGACUAGCCAGCAUAUUUCACAGCAGUUUGCCCAAGCUAAAGCAGCAUCAACAGUGGAGUGUAUGGAGCCCAAAUGCCUUAUAGGCAGGCUGGUGAGUACAUCUGAAUGUGCAGGAGCGAAGGGUUCUCCCGACCUAAAGAUGGCAUCACAAAAGGACCACAUUGAGAAGCUUCAGCACCAUUUAGUCGAGUCUUAUGCUGCUGUAUUGGAUAUGUCGCAACAGCUGAUGGUGUGUGAGCGAAACUGGAGGUGUGAGAGGCAGGAGUUUCUAAAACACCUCAAUCAGGCCUGUCAGGAUUGGCACGAGCCAAACAAUGCUAAAGAGCCAUAUGGACUUAGGACUAAGAGAGUGGAUCCUAAAGCUGGUCAAUCAACACAUACACCCAACAAGAACUGGUUAUACCUCACUCAAGAAGCAGCUCUUAUAGACAGAGAAGGUCCCUGUAAGACCUGGGAUUGUCUCAUCAUGUCUCCCAGCUUUCCUGGUCUGAGCCUCAAAAAGGAGGCAGCUCAAAAAAGCCACACAGCUCCCGAGAGAACUAGCCUAAGGAUUUACUACAGCCCGCCAUCGGCGCACAGAGUCCACCUUUACGUGGAUAAGUGUGAGAAGCCCGCAGAGGACCUACAACGCUGCUGCAAUUCUCCACACAAACACACAAAUGGACAUUCCACUUCUCUCUAUGAUAGCUGGCAGGGUACUCUAGCUUUUGAGUGCCAAAAUGCGACAGAGUGCGACCUUGGCACUGUCAUUAGGUCCAACUCUUCUUCUGGUUUCCAGUCCUUUGGUAGUUCAUUUUCAUCUUGCUUGCCCUUCAGUGGAUUAGAAGUCUCAGCCAACCUGAGUGAUGACAUGAAGGAAAUAGCAGCCAAUGUGCUUCAGUCUUCCUUCCCCAAGCCUCUAGAUAGAAGGAGAGGGAGGGGCUCAGGAAACCAUAUUUUGGAGGUAGUCAGCACAGGAACCCAGACUCAUGCCCUGCCACAAGUUAAUAGUGUGGCACUCCAAACUGAGGACCCCCAAAGUGUGUGUACAGGGAAACAGUGGUCACCAAGAGUCACUUCAUUCAUGUCUGGUCACCACCAACAGAUUCCACCUUCCAUGGAGAAGAUUCCGGGGCUGUCCUCCUCCCAAUCUUUAACCAAUUUUUCUAGGCUGGAGGUCACUAAGGAUCAUAGCUUGUGGCCUCUGCCCCAGUGUAGCUCUGGUUCCUCAGCCUGGGCUCACUCAAGUGCCACCAGAUCCAGCUCAGCAUCGGGGGGAGGCAGUGAAAAGCCUGCUGGACGCAAGGCCACGGGCAUCCACAAAUAUGGACUGGUUCAGGAGCUUUUUCGCAGUGUGUGUGGUCGUGGUGAGAAACCCAAGCCUGGCAGGGAGAAAGCACCAGUGGUACGCAGGGAUCAUGUUGGCCAAGUAAAACUGAAGAAAACAGAAGGGCCUCCCUCUCGUAUUCCCACUGUGCAGCUGUUCAGGAGUGACAGUGUCACCAAAAUCGUUAAUCGCAGAUUUAUAAAACAGGGUCAUAAAGAUGAACUAGGGCCUGGCCAGACACAAUCCCAGAGUCAGUUCCAGUGUCAGAGCAGUAAAACACCCCUGAGAAAGGACAAGGGCCGUGGCCAAGUAACUCUGGAGGAUCGCUCCUGUGACUGCAGGUCUCGAACUCUAUCUUCCUGCUUUGCUCGAGCAUCACACCCCAACCUUCACCAUGCCCGUAACCAUUGCAGACUCCGCCCUCACGAACACCCCAUGGCAGCUGGUGGGAAAGAGGAUCUGCCUUCUCAGUGAGCGGUGCAGUCACCAUGAACCACUGAUACCACUGCACAGCUGAUGGGAUUCUUUGAAGAGCUGGUGAUGUACUUGGCAUGGGUACUUUCAUAAAUGACUGAAUUGGAUGGAGUGGCAAUAAGGAACAAAUGCAUAAUGACGAUCUUGUAGACAUGGUUGACUGACACUUUCCCACUGCUUUCAGCACUUGAUUCGUAGCCAUUAAAAUAUAAAGAAAAUUGUUUUGGAUUAAUUUAUGUGACAAAUGUGUUUAGGUGUAGUGUUUCAGAGAGCGAGGUUGCUUUAUGUGGUCUAAUAUAUGGUGUAUCUAUGUGGAAGUAAUUUAUGAUGUGUUCUCUUUGGAUUUUUGUACUGUUUAUU